CUUCCUGAAAGCAAAACCCUUAACAAAUUGGCAUACACCAACAAACCUUUGGCAGAUCAAGAGUGGCUGAAGAAUGAAAAGGAAGUAAAAGAAGAAGAGCUUCAGAGAAUGCUGGAAAGAAGAUUGAAUGGCACUAAAGUUGUGGAUUCUUGGUAAGUUGCUGCUUAUAAUCUUGAACAUUUCAUUAUUUAGCUGUUUGUUUACAUUACCAUUAGCAAAUCUGAACUUAAAAGAAGAAAACAUCCUCAACUCUUCUUUCUUGCAGGUGUUUGUGUGGUAACUGAAAAUCCAAAUUGCUUUAAAAUAUAAGUGAAUGCCACUGCUGCAGCAAGCUAGAGGGAUGCCAGAAGUCAAUGUACAAUGACAUUGUGCCCUACAAUAUACCUGAUGCUAUUGGGCUCAAAGGUAUCACUAAUAAUCCUGGUUUUAAUCCAGUCUGUCUUUAG